UGGACGUAAUUGUUGUUUGGGCCGUGACGGAGCUUGUACACGUAGCCUAGUAGGAUGUGUUCAUUGAAGAUGGUGGCGUUGUGUGAGACUUACAGUCCUGCAUAUUUCUACGUCUGACUUCAGUCUCUUCAGUGACAUCUUUCAGAGUGACCUGGUCAUUGGACUUGCUGUGCAGACAUGCAACCAACCCCCCGGGCUGGACCUCCUCGGGCUGGACCACCCCGGGCCUCUAUGCCUAAUAUGACAGGCAGGAUAAGGCCUCAGAAGCAUGCGACAGCAGUGACAGCUACUAUGCCGCCUCCUACACAGCCCAUAACGGACCCUUUUGCUUUUGGCAGAGCUCAACCCCCAAUGGCUGCAGGUGGUCUUCCUACAAUACCUAACAGCAGCCCACCACAAAUGCAAACUCCACCUAAUGCCAUGUAUUCUCAGCUUGGUUCUGGACUCCCUCCACAACCGCAGUUGCUUGAAAAUGUUCCAGCUGCAGUGGCUGGUCCCCUAGCACAACCUCUGUCAGGGGUAACUUUAUUCACCCCUCAGGGUACUCCAUCUGCUGGUGUUUUCCCAUCUCCAAGUCCCACAGGAUAUGCAUCAGCUAAUAGUGAACAGGACUAUUUUAAUUCAAGAGAUCCAACUGCAAGUAUGUCCACAGAUUCAUCACAUAUGUCACCAGCACCUAGUAAUACACUUUUUAACCAGGAUUUUCAGGCACAACAUCUUGGCCAUCCUUUGCCUUUUCAACCCCUUCCACCGUCAUCUUCAUCUACUCAGUGGGCUCCUGAUCACUCAAGCCGGCCUCCCUCAGUUCAAAACUAUUUCCAACCAACUGUUGAUCCACCAGCACGGCCCUCAAAUAUACCACCACAGACCCAGAUGUACCCCUCCCACAGCCAGUCACCCCACCACAAUGCCCCCACCCCUCCAGCUUACUCUGGACAUCCCCAAAUUCACCCCCCUGCUCCUCUUCAGAACCCUGUAGCAGCUGCCAGCUCUUUGUUGCCUGACCCAAAUGGACCCCAGCACCUCAACUCACAUUUCCAAACCCAGAGUUAUUUCAGUCAGAGCUCUGCGCCCCAUGACUUGUGGUUCAACCAACCAGUGCAGGACUCCGGCUACCACCAAAUGGGUACCAGCUCGAGCCAUCCUCAGCCACCUACAGAGUCUGCUGGAUCUCCUCAUGUUUCCAGUACGGGGCAUGGUCCUGUCAGUCAACCUGUUCCAAGUUCUGUUCCUGCCACAGAUGCAUACGGUCAAGAGUCUGGUACAAUCUCGAUGUUCUUCAAAGGGAGUGAUGUGGAAAACGAGGAAACGCUUGCUGAUGAGAGGAAUAAAACAUUAAAUGGUGUUGCUGCAUCUUUUCAGCAUAACAGCAACCCACCAUCUCAUAGUAGUCAUUCAGAUCUGACCGUAGAUUACCAAGGAGUGUCUGUUCCCGAUCAUUCACGCCUUCCCUAUAUGAAUGAAAGCAGUCAUCCUUUACAGGGGCACAUCCAGAAGCUCCCGGAUAAUGACUUUGACCACGUGGAAAAUUUGGAGUGUGUUCCAAACCAGGAAGUUUUACCCAACGAAUCCAGCAGCAGUGCUGCUGCUGCUAUUGCUGCAUGUAACCCAGUUGACCAGUUUGAAACGGGACCCAACCUGGAAACUCCAGAUUCAAUCCCAAGACCAAUGAGAUCUGCGAGUGUGUCAUCCAACUACAGCAAUUUGAGCCAUGGAAGUGGAACCGGCUCCCGUCGGCACCAGGGAGUCGAAGGUACCUUUAUUCAGCAGGAAAGCCCUCGUCUUGCCGAUAAUCUUAAUGCCUCUUCUGCUGCUGCUUCCGCCGCCGCUGCUGCUGCCGGAGGCUACUUUGAGCAGAUAGAUACAUCUCCAAGUGGUGAUGUAGUUGUGCAAGGUACAGUAGAGCAUAUGUGGCACCCCACGCCUAGCCCACCAAAACCAACUGGGAUUUUCCAAGCAAGCGCUAACAGCUCGUUUGAACCCGUACGUUCACAUAGUGUUGGAGUGCGUCCUGCUGAAGUUGACAGGGCUAAAAUGGUUGCUGAAGGAGGUUCUGAUUCCACAUCUGGUAACUUGGAGCAGCCGCCAGACAAUAUGGAGAAUAUUUUUGGGCCUGGACAAGCUCCAUCUUCUGUUCCCGGCGAUGGAUUAUCCAGUCAAACACACUCGGUGGUACAUCCUCAUUCUCGACCUUCAUCUCGUGCUUUUGGGGCCAAUCGGCCCUGCGAGAGUCCGGCCACUACUCUGUGGGCUCAGAGCGACCCUACGAGCUUGGGUACCAACAUCCUCCUUGCCCCUGCGGCCCUCACAGUUUUGGCCCCAUUAAGAGAACCCAGUGCUGACGUCAUUCAGCCACCAGAGGAUUGUCCGCUGGACCUGCAGGCCUCGCAGAGAGCUCAGACAGCUUCUCAGCAGCAUUCAGAGAACCUAGAAAACCCUCCAAAGGUGAGUGAUGCGGAGCCAGUUGACUCUCAAAGCGGCCUGGGUUACGCAUCUCUGCUCGUGUCUAGCUCACUUCAUCAGCCCGUUUUAAUUGCCCCUCCUGUAUCCAAUUACAGCGUGAUUCCCCCCAGCAUUCCUACUCCGUCAUCCACUCAGACUAAUCAUGGAGAAGUUGUGUCCCCCGAAAGACCUCCCGCACAAGGGCUUGGUGCCAGUAUCUCUCAACCAUCAGCCCUACCUUCUAAGCAAAAUCCGCUCUUUUCUUCUGGGUCCGCGGCUUUCUGUUCCUCCGCUCCUAAUCAGGGUCCGCUCAAUCUGACUCGCGACAAAACAGUUGGAGCAACUUCAGAAAUCACAACUCCACCACUCUCUCAACCUGUCCACCCUCCUCUUUCAAGGGGCCAAUCAUUGGGGGCAGAAAGCCAUUCUACUGUUAAUUCACAGCCCGUUUCUCUCGUGACUGCUUCUGUCUCUAACCAUAAUCAGACAUUAAACUACGAACUGCUUGAUUUUUCUAUGCACCAAUCACACAGCCAGAGCCAGGCAUACGGCCAGCCGUUGUCUUUGCAUGAGUCGUCACAGUCUAGUAAUGGAUUUUACCUGCAGGUCACCAAGGAUGCUCAGCAGGGAGUAAGAGAUGGAGGGACUCUCUCUAUCCAGACAUCAGUUUCUACAUCCACCUCACAAGCUCCACCAGGACCACCUCCAGCUGCUCCAAACACUCAGCAGACUCAAAGUGAACCUCCUAAGACAUCCAAUUCUCAAGUUGCAUUGCAGGGACAGAGGGAUGUUCCUGCUGUUCCUGUCAGUGGAGCCCAGCCUUCUCACGGUCAGUAUUCAACUCCGGCACAAGGACCUGCUGGAGGGAAUGCUCCUCCUCCUGCCGCUCCUGGGGUGUGCCCCCCAGGCACGCAGGGGGCCGUACCUCCAAGGGAUCCCCAAGCAGUUCCAGCUGUAGCUCCCCGACCACCCUCCUCUGCAGGCAGCCAUCAAGACUAUGUGCAUCCUCCUCCUCCUGGAUCUGGACAGAUGUACAGCAGCUACUAUGGAAACUAUGGGGAAUACCCAGAUAGCAGAGGACAGUAUCCUCCAGGCCAGUAUCCACCUCCACCUGGAGAUCCUAGAAUGCAGCAGUAUUAUCAAGAUGCAAACUACCGAGGCAGAGGAGAUCCUUGGUAUGGCAGAUAUGAUGGGCAGAACCCGGGUUACCAUGAUCCAAACUACCAAUACAGAGAACCGCAGUCGGAGCGACCCAACUCGAGAGCUAGUCAGUACUCAGACCGGCCUUCAUCCAGGCAAGGUUAUUCCGAAGAUUACCAACGGCAAAACCGAAGUGCCUACGGUGAAUAUUAUGCAGAUUACCCCAAGCGCUAUGAUUAUAGAGGAUACAACUACGGAAAUUACGACCAACGAUACAGAGGAUACUAUGAUCAGUCCUAUUGGUCUUAUUACAAUGAGACGUACAGAAACGGCUACUAUAAUCAGCCCGGGAAAGAUGUCUACGACGCCCAAUGGAUUUACUAUCCUGGAUAUGAUCGCAGUUUUGAUGACGACAACGUGCGCGGGAGAGAUGCUUACGGCGACGACUUUGACAGGCACAGCGUGCACAGCGAGCAGUCGGCACACAGCGUGCACAGCUCCACCAGUCAUCACAGCAGACAAAGCAGCUUCAGCUCACGGUCGCAGCAGAGCCAGGUGUACAGGAGCCAGCCUGACUUGGUGUCUGCAGUUUAUGACACAACGCAAUCCACUCUCCCUGUUGACUACUCUUAUGGCCAGUAUCCAAAUCAAACAGACGCUACUCAGAACUACAGCCAGUACAUGUAUCCCUCAGAGUACACUACAGACAGUACCUGGAUUGCACCAGAGCAACCUCCCCCUCGUCCUGCAACCCCAGAAAAGUUUACCAUGCCCCAUCGUUGUGCUCGCUUUGGACCUGGGGGUCAUCUGAUCCAAGUCCUGCCCAAUCUCCCCUCAGCUGGGCAGCCUGCUCUGGUUGAGAUCCACAACAUGGAGACGAUGCUGCAGGACACCACAGAUCAGGCUGAGCUGCGAGGUUUCCCUGGACCUCUGAUUAAGGAAGAGACCCACAAGGUUGAUGUGAUAAAAUUCUCUCAAAACAAAGCAAUGGAGUGUUCCCGUGACAACAACUUGCUGGACAGAGACUCUGCCCGCCUGCUCUGGGACUUCAUUGUGCUGCUUUGCAGACAGAAUGGGACUGUGGUCGGCACAGACAUCGCUGACCUCCUGCUGAAGGAGCAUCGCUCUGUCUGGCUGCCUGGCAAGAGUCCCAACGAAGCCAACUUGAUUGAUUUCAACAAUGAACCUCUUGCACGAGCGGAAGAGGAGCCUGGAGCUGGACCGCUGUCCCUCCUGUCCGACACUUUCAUGAUCGUCCCGGAGAACGUUGGCAAGGAAACGGAGCGCUUCAGAGAGCUGCUUCUGUUUGGGCGCAAAAAGGAUGCACUUGAAGCAGCCAUGAAAGGAGGUCUCUGGGGUCACGCCCUGCUGUUGGCUAGUAAGAUGGACAACAGGACACAUGCACGUGUCAUGACAAGGUUUGCCAAUAGUUUGCCCAUGAAUGACCCUCUCCAAACAAUGUACCAGCUGAUGUCAGGGAGAAUGCCUGCUUCAGCUACGUGCUGUGGAGAGGAGAAGUGGGGUGACUGGCGCCCCCAUCUGGCCAUGGUCCUCUCAAACCUAACACACAACAUGGACUUGGACACUCGCACUAUCACCACUAUGGGUGACACUCUGGCUUCUAAAGGGCUGACUGACGCUGCUCACUUCUGCUACCUGAUGGCCCAAGUUGGCCUGGGGGUUUACACCAAGAAGAGCACCAAGUUGGUGUUGAUUGGAUCCAACCACAGUUUGGCCUUUAAUCAGUUUGCCACCAAUGAAGCAAUCCAGAGGACGGAGGCCUAUGAGUACGCUCAGUCCCUGGGCUCCCAGCCUUGUUCACUGCCCAACUUCCAGGUGUUCAAAUUAAUCUAUGCAUGCCGACUGGCUGAAUCAGGCCUGUCUGCCCAAGCUUUUCAUUACUGUGAAGUUAUCGCAAAGACGGUCCUCAUGCAUGCCUCCUACUACUCCCCUGUGCUCAUCAGCCAGAUCAUACAGAUGUCAGAAAAGUUGCGGUUCUUUGAUCCGCAACUAAAGGAAAGACCUGAGCAGGAGCUGUUCAUUGAGCCUGAGUGGCUGAUCCGCCUCAAACAGCUGGAUGGACAGAUCAGGACUGGUGUGAUUACAUACAACAGGGACAGAAGUACUCCUGCACAGUUUGACUGCAUCAGCGAAAGUUCAGACUUGGAGCCCCAGAGUCCACAUGAGCCUUACAGCUUGCCUCUGGAAGUGGACGGCCAGGCCCCCGAUAACCAGCUCAUGAGCUCAUUGAUGCCUGGGCCUCAACCGCUGGCGGUGCAGUUGAUGCCUCCAGCUCCCUCCUCCAUUCUCCACGAGGGGGCGGCUCCAGCUCAGCUCCCACCCUCAAGCGAUGUGCCCCAGUUCUACCCCGUGCCCCCCAGUGGACCACCAGGCCAAAUCCCCAUGCCUGGAUUCCCUCCACAGGAUCCUGGUGGUGUCGCCCACCCCCACUUCCACCCUCAACAUGAGCAGGCCUAUCCCGGGGCACACCAGCAUUUUGUGCCCCCACCACAAGAGGGCCAAAUGUCGCCUCACAUGCUUCCCUCACAGGUGCCACAUUCACCUGUUCAAAUGACUCACCCACCUUUUCAGAUGCCCCAGCACAUGCCUCCCUCUCCUGGACAUAUGGCCCCCAUGGAUCAGCCCCUCCCACCCAACCCGGAGAUGCAUCCCACACAUCCAAUAUCGUCCUCCCCACCCAGAAGCUCCUUCACACCUCAGAUGGACUUGUAUGACCACAUGGCUAUCAUGGGUCCUAGGAGAUCACGAACAACUUCACAAUCUUCAAUGCAUUUGCCAUCUGGACGCAGCUCUCGCAGGGCCUCUGAAUCCUCCACUCACUCCGGUGGAAGAGAGCGGAGCAACUCUGCUGUAAAACAGGCCUCUCCACCUCCGCCCUCGAUUCCCGAACAGCCACGCAAAGAGGAGGCCAGGAAAGCCAAGAAGGAUUCUCCAGAAAAGAGUAAAGGCUGGUCAUUUUGGCCCUUUGGGAAGAGGAAAAAUGAGGCUCACUUGCCAGAUGAUAAAAAUCCUUCUAUUGUUUGGGAUGAAAAGAAAAAUAGAUGGGUUGACCUGAAUGAGCCUGAAGAAGAGAGUAAGCCUCCUCCUCCACCUCCAACCGGUUUUCCCAAGAUGCCUCAGAUGCCUGGUCCUGGGGGGCCCACUGCUCCUCCAGGUGCUGGGUCUACCGUCAACAUGUUUUCCAGAAAAGCAGGCACUAGGAGCAGAUAUGUGGACGUUCUGAACCCGACCGGAACAGCUAAGCCGAGCGGAGUGGCCCCGGCUCCUGUGGACCUGUUUGCUCCUUUGGCCCCCAUGCCCAUGCCUGCCAACCUGUUUGUGCCUAGCUCAGCUCCCAGUGACCAGCAGCCUCUGGAAGGCAGUGAAGGUGGAAAUCAAGAGCAGAAUUCACCAAGCAGCGGCGCUGCCCCACAGGUGUUCAACCCCACGCUGUUACCACCAGCCCCAGAAGGUCCUCCUGUUCCAGAUGGGUCACAGUCAGGAGAGCUGUCACGUUCUAGCUCAAUGAGUUCUUUAUCACGCGAAGUGAGUCAGCAUUUAAACCAGAGUCAUCCCAACCAGGGGACUGCACCCGCAGGAGGCGUCACUUUUUAUAACCCUACGCAGUUUUCACAGACAAGUGCACCAUCGGGAGGGGGACAGCGAUCUAGCCGGUUGGGCCAGCGCCAGUACCCAGUGUACAAGUAAACAUCCCCCUCAAUGGAGAAAUGAAAUUAAUAGACUAAAUGGACAAAAAUGAGAUUCUACCUGGAAGUAAACGAAGCACAUGGACAUUCUGCUCUAUGUCUUAAGAACUCCUCCUUUGGCCUUCAUUUGAAAAGCUUGAUCCCAUCAUGCGGGUUUUCAUCCAAACAGCUUAACCCCUUUUUUUUUUUUUUUUUUUUUUUUUUUUUUCCCUUAUACCUUCAUCAGCCCAGUAGGUGUCGCUGGUGUGUGUUUGUAACAAGCACAGCGUUUCCUUGAAGGGCUUAUUCCUGAAACCAAACAGGGGGUCGAAAAACGAUUCGCAUCAUGGGUACAUUCACACACACACACAAACAAACUGUGUAUUCAUGUCGGCAUAAUUUGUGUCCAUGUCUUGCUCCACUAAAGCUGCCAGAUAAAAACACUGAUCACCCAGCGUCCCGUUGUGCUCUAGAUGUCUGGGCGGAUAUGUGAAGGAUACAUGAAGGCAUCUUUUUAAUUUCAUACUGGAGAUUUCUAUAAGCAGCCUUCAUGCUAGAGGUGGCAACUUGUGUGAUGAUUUGCUUGUUUGGUCUUGCUGUUUGAAGCAUGUUGGAUGAUUUAAGAAAGAGAAGUAUGCAGGGAUUGAUCGCUGCUUCCUUCAGGUAUUUAUUUACCCCUCCCCCCCCCCCCCCACCCCCACUUACUUGUUCGCCUUCAAAGAUCUCAGAGGGUGUUUCUUUUUUUGGCCACAGUUAUCUCAAAGUUCUGAGCUGACGGCUUCAAACGGAGGGAAGUUUGUUGAACUAACAGGAACCAGAAUUCAAGAGGAAUUUUAAAUAUUGCAGAAAAUGAAUCUAUCCAAAUAUUUGUAUAUCAGAUUGAUUGUAUUUAUGACAUGUAGACAUAAAAGGUGUGCGUGCGUGUGUGAGAAGAUUUAACAAUUUUUUUUUGUUUGUUUGUUUUUUUCCAAAUAGGCUUUGACCAGAUGCAUUAUUGAUUGAAAAAAUUACAAUCACAAUCUAAUCGUUUGUAUCCCCUGCUUCUGCAUACCAAUAAAUCUUUAAAAUUGUGAACCGUGA